AUGACUUUGCCCUAGCAAUUGAAGAAAGAAAAAGUAAAGUAGCUAUGUCAUUUUCAAAUUCGUCUGGAUCUUGCACAUGUGGGGGGAAGCAACCUAGUGGUGGGUAUGAUGGUGGUCGUUCAUCUCACGGUGGUGGAUCUUCCCAUGGCUGUGGCGCAAGGAUUUUUGCUAUUAAGCCCAUGUGCUACUGUGGUCAGACAGCUGUAUUGAGAACAGCAAAAACCCCUAAGAAUAGGGGCAAACAAUUUUGGGGAUGUCCUAAGUUUAAGAGUGGGUCUCAAGAUUUGGGUGGCUGCAAUUUUUUCCAAUGGUUUAUUGAACAGGAAAUCGAAGAAAGAGAUAUGAUGCAGAUGGAAGAAAAAGAUGUGGUGAAAAUGGAAGAAAAAGAUUUUGGAGGGAAUAAAGUGCUGAAAGUAGAGAAGAUUGAAGAAAAAGAUGUGGUAAAUAUGAGAGAAAGAGAUGGUGGAUGGAUCAUAACUAGGAAACUAGAUGAGACUAUAGUUCGUUUGCAAAAGUGGAUGAAGUUGAUGUUAGGGAUGAUGGUUGUUGUAUGCGUUAUGAAUGUGAUAGUUAUAUCACUAUUAUUGUAAAGACCUAACGUG